AUGUCUUCUUCUCUUCCAAUUUCGUUCUUUUUUUUCAAAUAUAAUAAGAAGGGUUACCAUGCUAACCCAAGGAGGGUUACCAGCCCAGUGAAGAACCUAGAGGGGAAUGCUAAAGUUGCAGCUCUAAUGGACCCUGACUUAAAAAGGUGGAACCAAGAACUGAUCCAAGCUACCUUUGAGGAGAGGGAAGCUCAAUUGAUCCUGGAGACCCCCAUCAGUACUAUGACUACCAGGGAUAGAAUCAUAUGGCAUGGUACAAAGGAUGGCUCAUUCUCGGUGAAGAGUGCUUAUCACUUGGUUAAGGACAGGGAGAUGGCAAAUCAUGGGCAAGCUUCAACCAGCAAUGGUCUCAAGGAGGUUUGGAAAAAAAUUUGGAAGUUGGACGUCACACCAGGAGACAAAACCUUUCUAUGGAGAGCCUGCCAGGAGGCUCUUCCCACUCAGUCCAACCUGUUUAAAAAGAAAGUGGUGAGUGAUCCAUUAUGCCCAAUCUGCAAUAGGGAAGAGGAAAGUGUGCAACAUGUGCUGUGGAGCUGUGAAGCAGCAAAGGAUGUUUGGAGUCAGUGCUCCAAAAAACUACAGAAAUGCUCCAUUUCUAGCUUCUCAAUGAUAACAUUUUUUGAGACAUUGACUGAGGCAUUGAAUCAAGAGGAACUACAAGAGUUUGUGAUUACAGCAAGGAGGAUCUGGUGGAGAAGGAACUCUUUCAUUUUCAAGAAAGGAUUUACACAUCCAAACCAUAUUGUUAGAGAGGCAAGAGCUACUCUAAACAUGAUGGCAGAAAAGAACCCAGACCAGUGCAAUACACAAGCCUCUCCCACGGUUAUUGCAACAUUGAGGCAGAAAGAAAAGCUCUACCCUGACCCUCUACUAGCUGAAUCAUACGGUGCUCUCCAAGCUGUGAAACUGGCUAGGGAGAUUGGUCUGCAUCAGGUCAUACUCGAAGGUGAUUCACUGCAAGUCACAAAAGCCUUGGUUGAAGACAGAGAAGCAUUGAGUAGUUCAAGCAUGUUUUGUAGUGAAGCUAGACAUUUCCUCAAGCUGUUUGAAAAAUGGGAAGUCACUCAUGUUAGAAGGAAUGGCAAUCACAUAGCCUAUUUACUUGCAAAAAAUGCUCUUAGCAUUACUGAUCAAAUUGUAACUAUGGAGGAUACUCCAUCUUGUAUUGCUAACUUUAUUUAA